CGUUCACCACUGGAGAUUCUAGCCAGGCCUGUGACAGCUACGUUCUUCGCGGCUGCGACGGGGGACAUUUGUUAAAAUCCACCUCCAUCUUCUUCACACGCGGGGAAAACGAUGAUCAAACCGCCGAGAGCAUAAUCUACACAGUCUGAGCUUUCGCCUGAUCACAAUAUUGUGACAUUUCAGGCUUUUCUUCAUUUAAAAAGGAAUGGUGAAAAGUGAGCUCCGUCGGAAGAAUCCGAAUUCUCCUCAGGGAUUCAUGGGGGGUUGGGGUCGCGUAAGGAUUUAAGGGGUUAUAGUAAUUGAAUAGCGUGUGUUGUCGAGGUGAACGCCAAUUUUUAGGCUAAACAGCCGUUUAGGUUUAAGAGAAAUAUUUGAAAUAGUGUCGGGCGACCCGUUCCGGAGAAACCAGUAAACAACGAUGGAGCUGCGAGUUGGAAACAGAUACAGACUGGGCAGAAAAAUUGGAAGUGGAUCAUUUGGAGACAUUUAUUUGGGCACGGACAUUUCAGUUGGAGAGGAAGUGGCCAUCAAACUGGAAUGUGUGAAGACAAAACACCCACAGCUACACAUCGAGAGCAAAAUUUACAAGAUGAUGCAGGGGGGAGUGGGCAUCCCUACCAUAAAGUGGUGCGGUGCAGAAGGAGAUUAUAAUGUGAUGGUGAUGGAGCUGCUGGGCCCCAGUCUGGAGGACCUUUUCAAUUUCUGCUCCAGAAAGUUCAGCCUGAAGACAGUCCUACUGCUGGCUGAUCAGAUGAUAAGCCGCAUCGAGUACAUCCACUCCAAGAACUUCAUUCACAGAGAUGUGAAGCCUGAUAACUUUCUGAUGGGCCUGGGGAAGAAAGGCAACCUUGUCUACAUCAUUGACUUCGGACUGGCCAAGAAAUACCGUGACGCACGAACACACCAGCACAUUCCCUAUCGAGAGAACAAGAAUCUCACGGGAACUGCACGCUAUGCCUCCAUCAACACACAUCUUGGCAUUGAGCAGUCUCGGCGUGAUGACUUGGAGUCUCUCGGUUAUGUGCUCAUGUACUUCAACUUGGGCUCCCUGCCCUGGCAGGGACUAAAAGCCGCCACCAAGAGACAAAAGUAUGAGCGUAUCAGCGAGAAGAAAAUGUCCACCCCAAUUGAAGUUCUCUGCAAGGGCUACCCAUCUGAAUUUGCCACUUACCUCAACUUCUGUCGGUCACUGCGAUUUGAUGACAAGCCAGACUAUUCUUACCUGAGGCAGCUCUUCAGGAAUCUGUUCCACAGACAGGGCUUUUCCUACGACUACGUGUUUGAUUGGAACAUGCUUAAGUUUGGUGCAAACCGUACAGCAGAGGAGGCAGACCGCGAGAGGAGAGAGAGAGAUGAGCGGAUGAGGCAUAGCAGGAAUCCUGCCGCUCGAGGAAUCCCAGCAGCCUCAGGCAGACCCCGUCCCACACAGGAUGGAGCUGCACCAACCCCACUCACACCCACCUCUCACACAGCAAACACAUCCUCCCCAAGACCAGUCACUGGCAUGGAGCGCGAGCGGAAAGUCAGUAUGCGGCUUCAUCGCGGUGCUCCGGUGAACGUGUCAUCCUCAGACCUGACGGGACGGCAAGACACUUCCCGCAUGUCCACAUCACAGAAUAGCAUUCCCUUCGAUCAUCACGGCAAGUAGUUGCUUGUCACGCCAUUGUGUGAAGGCAGCCUCACCAGAUUGUCUCCAUGUCCCAGACGCCUCCACUUUACAAAAUGGAGCACGAUGGACAGCCUAACUACACGUGGCUGAUUGAUUGACAGCUGUCCGCCAUCAGAUAAUAGAUAGUGCCGUCAGUCACUCUCUCUUCUAUUGACGAAACCAAAAUGGUGUAGAACCAACUUGACCUUUGCAUAGGUUCUCGCUCUCUCUUUCUCUCUCUCAUUCUCAUUUUUUGUUAACUUCACUUAAUAAUUGUUCUCGUGGACAUGAGAGCCAAGGCCAUUUGUGAAAUCAAUUACGUUGAUCAAUCGGAGACUGGAUCAGCCAGCCACACCUUGUCAUCCUUCACAUUAUCACACUUUAGAUCGAGAGCUGCACAACUUUGUCUGGUUCAGGCUCCUCUUUAUUGAGGCUAUGUAUCGUCUAUGUGAUUUAAACAAGUCUUUGUAUACUGGGUUUUCUUUUGUAUUUUAACCUGCCCAACAGACUAGUCCGUCUGGUGGCGCUGUAUUGGGUUCACUUUCAAUUUUUUAUUUACUCUGUAUUUAUUUUUACUAUACUUUUAAUAGCUCUUUGUAACUGGCGAGCUCCCACAGGUUCCAUUUCCAUGGCAGAGCCGGGGCCAAAUCUCAGCCUACAUCGUUCAUAACAAAUUGACUCAAUGUCCUAAUACAAGGACCCUGUGAACCUUACCAGUUUGUCUGCUUUAUUAAUCUCUAACUGUACAAAAUUGCCCUUUCCCAUUAUUGUGUGUCUUCUGUUUCUAAGCUGUGAAAUAACUGUAAAAUAUUUGUGUAAAUGUUUCCAUGCAACUCUAUAGAAAGACUAUGAAAUAACCACAGAUGGUUUGAGUCUGCAAGUUAUCACCAGUUUUUUAUUCCACUCUUUCCUAAAGCCACUAAAAUGAAGUGCCACACAACUGGGGUUUCAUACAGUAUAUUCUAAACUUGAACUUUGACUCUAUGCUGUUUUGAUUCUCUGAACUUCUACAAGACAAGUCUUUUAAACAGGUUGCUAUUCAGCUUAAGGAUGUGGAUGCAAGUAUUCUUGCAUGGGUCCUGAUUUCUUAGAUGGUAUUUUGGAAGUGAUUGUUUGUUGGAGAUACAGAUCGUUUUUGCGAACGUUGAAUGAAAAAUCAAGUCUUACUUUUGAAGUUCACCAGUGAUUAACCCCUUUCAAGAAUUAUUCCAGCACUGAUGUGGCUUUUCUAAUGCACCUUGAAAGCUGGUGUGGUCAUACUGUUUCUUUCACGUCAUCUGUUGAGGAAUCUUUGGCAACUGCCUGGGCAAAGUUUUUUUCCAUCUGAUUCUCUCUUUCCAGCCCAUGGCUGUUUUGGGCUCCACAAACUUUUGUGGAAGUCAUGCCAAUUUGUCAGUCCUAUAAUAAUUUGUAUUACCACCGUAUUUGUGUAUUUUAAACCUUGUAAAUAAAUGAAUUACUUGUA